AUGGCGGCACGCAGUAGAGGUGGUUCGGAUCCAUCUCGAACCAUGGGGAGCCGUAAUGUUGUUAGGCAUCAAGAAAUACAUGGAUCAAGUGGUGCUACUACCGCUGCUAAUACUAGCCCAGAAGAUAGUGGCCAAAAUUUUGAGGCUGACCCUAAUAUCGUUAAUAGGAAUUUAAACGCAUACAGUAUUGUCCCCACUACAGUUCCACCAUAUGCAUUGGACUACCAGUUUAAUAGAUUAAAAUCGAGAACGGGGCCUGGUGAUCCUACAGAUACAGCAGCAGCUGUGAAUUUGUCAGAUGAGCAGAGAUAUGCAUUCAAGGAUCCAUUUUUAGUGGGCAACGAUGGGAAAUGGGGGAAAUUUGCAUCCAAUAUCGGUUCCAAUGUAGCAUAUGCUAAACAGAGGAAGAGAAGUAUUGGAGGUGAAUCUUCUGACGAGAUUUCAGCAAGGAUUCGUGAUUCGCAAGAAACCGAUGUUACUGAUUUGGAGAGGAAUAAGGCAAAACAGGCAAUAUUGACAGAUUUGAAUACUGAAUGGGGAGGUGGUAAAAGAUUACAGGAAUUAUUUGAUACGCCGAUUAUGGGUAGUUUCGAAUUUCAAAACAAUGAAGAUCGCCAACAAUGGGUUGAUUAUGUGACUAGACUGAAACAGUAUUACUAUGGAGGAGUUCCACCAGGAAUUGACCUAGAAAGUAGACCUGGUCCACCAGGUGAAAGCGGCAUUGGUGGUAAGUCUGCGCAAGGAGAAAGUGACUGGAUUGUACAGUUACAUAGUGAUAUGGAAAGGUUUCGUCAAUUGAAAAAAAGAAAAAUGCAACAAUGGAGACCUAAAUUGACUCGAUUGUUACUCGAUAAUCAAUAUUUACCAUUAGUGCUUCGUAUGUGCAUAGGAAUGUUUUCUGCCAUUGCCCUAGGUUUGGCUGUUAGAGUUUAUCAGAAUUCUGAUACACGUGUGGAAAAACUUGGUAGAACUGUGGGCCAACAGCCUAGUACGAUUAUGGCGAUUUGUGUCAAUACAAUCGCUAUAGUUUACAUUGUUUAUAUUGCACAAGAUGAAUUUACAGGCAAACCAUUGGGGUUGCGUGAUCCAUUGGGUAAACUGCGACUAAUUCUUUUAGAUCUACUUUUCAUCAUCUUUAGCAGUGCCAAUCUAGCAUUGGCAUUUAACACAUUAUUCGAUAAGAGGUGGGUUUGUCGGCAUGAUGGUGGCCCUACGGCAAGAGCUGGUGAAGAUUUAACCAUAUCAUACAUUUGUCGUAAACAAAGAGCAUUAUCAUCUUUUCUUUUCGUCAUGGUUGUCCUCUGGGUAAUUACAUUCACCAUUUCUCUGGUUAGAGUGGUGGAAAAGGUAAGUUCUGCAUCACCAAGGUAG